AUGGCGAUCAAAACAUUGCUCGUCUCCACACUCGCUGCCACAUUCGCAUUGGCAUCUCCUGCUCGACGGACUGGCGCGGCUGUCAAUUCUACCACCUGCAAUGGCCAGACUUAUGUCUACGAGGCUCUCGCUGGAUAUGGAUUCACGCCAUCGGAUGCGCGUGACAAGUUUGGUGAUACCGCUGGAGGUAUUGGCAGUAGCGCUGCCAUUGACCAACGCUCCUGGAAGGUCGACAAGAAUGGCGUCUACUCGGGUAUUCUCUGGGCUCUCCCGGAUAGAGGCUGGAACACCGAAGGGACUCUGAAUUAUCAACCUCGAGUCCACAAGUUCCAGAUCACUUUCAAGCCCAACUACGACUCCACGACGGCAAACCCAAGCUCGCCCAACGUUCACUUGCAGUACCUUGACACGGUCCGUUUCACAGACCCCGCUGGGACACCACUGACCGGUCUCGAUCCCGAUCUCCGACCCCCAUACCUUACCUUUCCUGGCAUCCCCGAGCUUCCAUCUGCCACCUACACUGGUGACGGCUUCGGCGGCAAUGGCACUGGGGGCCACCGUGUGGUUGGGGAUACGGAAGGUCUUGUCCUCAGUCACGAUGGGUUCUGGGUUUCCGAUGAGUACGGUCCUUACAUCUUCCAUUUCGACCAUAGUGGUAAGAUGACCGGAGCUAUCCGACCUCCAGCUGCCAUCAUUCCUGAGAGAAACGGCACCGAGUCGUUCAACGCCGCUAGCCCUCCUCGUUAUGACCCUGAUUUGGAGACGAUCCCAGCAACUCCCGACACCGGGCGCUCAAAUAACCAAGGAUUGGAAGGCCUCACCUCUUCGCCCGACAAGAAAACUCUCUAUGCUCUGAUGCAAUCGGCCUUGGCACAGGAAGGUGGUGAUAACUCUUCAACCCGACGUCUAACUCGUCUGCUCGAGUAUGAUGUGAGUGACCCUUCUUCGCCAAUUUACAAGUCCGAGUACAUGGUUCCACUCCCAGUAUUCAGCAACAACACCCUGGUUGCUGCUCAAUCCGAACUCCACUAUAUCAACCCGACCCAGUUCCUUGUCCUUGCUCGAGAUUCUGGCCGCGGUCAUGGUCAGUCCAACUCGACAUCCCGAUACCGCCACAUUGAUGUCAUCGACAUCUCCAAAGCCACCAAUCUGGCGGGAAACACCUACGACUGCACCACUUGCUCUGCGGCUUCCGUGGACGGUGUUCUCGCUGCGUCGAUCAUACCGGCGACAUAUUGCUCUUGGCUCGACUACAAUGUCAACGCCCAGCUCAAUCGUUUUGGCGUGCACAAUGGUGGUCCCCAAGACGCCGGUCUUCUGAAUGAAAAAUGGGAGUCGAUAGCCGUGGUCCCUGUCAAUCCUUCCGGUCCCACCUGCAAAGACGGAUAUACCAAGUCUGACGGGGAGUAUUUCAUCUUCAGCUUGAGUGACAACGACUUUAUCACUCAGAAUGGAUUCAUGAACGGCGGGCAGUUGCCGUACGCCGACGAGAGUGGAUUCAGCCUGGACAAUCAAGUGUUGGUCUUUAAGGUUAAGUUGCCUACCCAUUGA